CCCGCCGCGCCUGCAGCGGACUUCCUGCCCGGCCCGGGCCGGCCCGUGCGCCGCUCUCCGCGUCCCUCUCCGCGCCCGCCCCGAAGCCGCGAGCACCCAGCGCGCGGGACGAGCCCGAGCGUCCCGCCGCCCGCGCCUCUGCUGCUGCGGGUCUCGCGGCCUCCUCCUUCUCCGCCCCGCGGGCGGCAUCCCGGCCCCGUCCAGCGGCUGCUCGCGUCGUCGGUUUCCGAGUUCGAUUGCUUACGGAGCAGAUUCCCCCCCCCCCCAUUUUUCCUUUUACGAUUUGAAAAAGAGAAGAGAACGCACAGCAGGCUGGGACAGGGAAGAGCCACCAGCUGCCCCCACGUGGACACCAAUGAGGGGAAAGGGAGUUGGAAGCAAACUCAGUCCAGCUGGCCUUGAGGCUUCAACUUCUGCUGGACUCUGAGGCCUGGGUCAUGACUCUCACGCCGGGCAGGUGGAAGGCUUUACCUGUCCUGGGCUGGACUUGAGCUCCUGCCCGUCUUUAGCAACCAACCCCCCACCCCCUCCACCACACACACCGGACACCUGCGCUGGGCUCUGAUACCCGUCUGCGACAUGGAUAAGUAUGGGGACCUGGGCCUGGAGGCCAGUAAAUUCAUCGAGGACCUGAACAUGUACGAGGCCUCCAAGGAUGGACUCUUCCGAGUGGACAAGGGGGCAGGCAACAACCCUGAGUUUGAGGAAACGCGCCGGGUGUUUGCCACCAAAAUGGCCAAGAUCCACCUCCAGCAGCAGCAACAGCUCUUGCAGGAGGAGACCCUGCCCAGGGGGAGUCGGGGCCCAGUCAACGGUGGGGCCCCCACGGGCCCACAGGCCCGCCGGGACGCUGGUGUGAGCAGCAAGUUGACCGUGGAUGGUGCUGCCAAGCCCCCUCUCGCUGCCUCCAUGGUGGGUCCUGGGACUGUCCCCUCUGUCGCCCCCGGGCAGCCCUCAUACCCACCCCAGGAGCAGAGGGCCAGAACAUACGCCCGUGGCGCAAGUCACGGCAGCCAGGACUGCGGCUCCAAGGAGAACCUGGCAGGCUGGGAGAUGUCUGGCUUCCGCCCACUGGGCUCCUGCGAGGACCCUUCCUGCCUCACCCACGGAGACUAUUAUGACAACCUCUCCUUGGCAAGCCCAAAGUGGGCUGAUGAACCCCGAGUGUCCCCCGGCAUCAGGCCGGGCGCAGGAAGUGGGUGGCCUAGCCCCCCAGGGACGGACGCACCACUGCCCAAACCCUCCAGGGACCAUUCCCUGUACCAGCCUCAGCUGUCCCUGAGCUCCAGCAGGUCAUUUGAGAGCAGCCAGGAUGGCGCUGGUGGCCGCGGUGACGAGAAGCCGGCUGGGCUUUGGACUACCUCCUCCCCGCGGGUGAGCCCUGGCCUUUCUUCCCCAGGCCCAGAGAAUGGGGCCAUGGUAGGGCCCCCUCCGCCCAGGACCUCCUCUUUCUUAGCCCCCUUGGCCCAGAGCUGCCCCAGCCAAGGAGCUCUUCCAAGAACAAACUCGGGGGUGGGCAGCGAGGUUUCAGGCCCGAUGCCCAAAGCCACGGUGGACCCUCAAGUCUGGUUCCAAGAUGGACCCAAAUCUUACCUUUCUAGUUCUGCCUCAUCAUCCUCACCAGCCAGCGUGGACAGUAUGCCGUCGGGUGUGGCCCCUGGGCUGGGUCCCAAGCCAGUCUGCACAGACCCUGGCGUUGGUCCCAAGCUCAGCCCCACCAGCCUUGUCCACCCAGUGAUGUCCACCCCGCCCGAGUUAUCUUGUAAAGAAGGUCCCCCUGGCUGGUCGUCGGAUGGCAGCCUGGGGCCUGCGCUCCCGGAGAGCCCCAGCCCCCCCAGGGUGAGGCUGCCCUGCCAGACCCUCGUCCCAGGCCCCGAGCUCGGGCCCUCCGCUGCCGAAUUGAAAUUAGAAGCCCUAACCCAACGUCUGGAGCGAGAAAUGGACGCGCACCCGAAGGCCGAUUAUUUUGGAGCCUGCAUGAAGUGCAGCAAAGGUGUGUUUGGGGCUGGCCAGGCCUGCCAGGCCAUGGGGAACCUCUACCACGACGCGUGUUUCACCUGCGCAGCCUGCAGCCGGAAGCUGAGAGGAAAAGCCUUUUAUUUUGUCAAUGGCAAAGUGUUUUGUGAGGAAGACUUCCUGUACUCUGGGUUCCAGCAGUCUGCUGACAGGUGUUUUCUUUGUGGGCAUCUGAUCAUGGACAUGAUCCUGCAGGCCCUCGGGAAGUCCUACCACCCUGGCUGCUUCCGCUGCGUCAUCUGUAACGAGUGUUUGGACGGGGUGCCCUUCACCGUGGACUCCGAGAAUAAGAUCUACUGCGUUCGAGAUUACCACAAAGUGCUGGCCCCCAAGUGUGCAGCCUGCGGGCUUCCCAUCCUUCCACCGGAGGGCUCAGAUGAGACCAUCCGCGUCGUGUCCAUGGACAGAGACUACCAUGUGGAGUGCUACCACUGUGAGGACUGCGGUCUGGAGCUCAAUGACGAAGAUGGUCACCGCUGCUACCCGCUGGAGGACCACCUGUUCUGUCACUCCUGCCAUGUCAAGAGGCUGGAGCAGAGCCCCGCGCCUGCAGCUCUUCACCAGCCGCGCUUCUAGCUGGAGCCUCUCGCGGACCUGCCGUGGGAGAGGAGAAGCGCAGUGGAGCAGGACAUCUGCCUGUGACUUCCAGCGGCCCCUGGGAUGGGGUGGGGGGAGGGGGCUUAGGCAGGUAAGUUUCUGCAUAGACGCCACCACUGGUGCCUUUCCUCGAACCAGGGAGCGGAGCCCUGCCUGUCUGGCGUGUGUAUUUUCCAAGUGCCUUUCGCCACCACCGCGCCCUCAUCACAUUACUCAGGAAGACACUCCAGCCACGUGUGGCAUGUGACAGGGGAUCGCAUCCGUGCCACCAGAAGCACCCACCGUCCAGCCCCUCUCGGAAGGAAAGAGUCACCCUGAGCGUGUUUCACAAUAUCCUCUGAAGAGAGACCUCAGUGGCCAAUACGUUUAGCCUUUUCCUGUCCCUAGGGAAAACACCCACACCCGGACACUACCCCACCACGUACACGUACACAACGUGAUUUAAGACUGUGCCCAGACACAUGUGCGCGCACGCGCGUGCAUACACACACACAGAGCAUUAUUUAAGACUUCCUUCCACCCCAGAGACUCAGUUCUCCUGUCAGCUGGCUGCACACUUAAUUGCAUUAUGGCAAGAGGGAAGCUCUCACGCAUGCCCUGUAUCUUGGGGAGGAUUUGGUGGCUAAACCAGAGCCGAGGUUUGAAAUGAACGAGCCAGGCAGGGUUUCCUCCUGGUACACUGACCGUGUUUGGUGCGGCCCUGCAGAUCUUCAGUCCCUUAAAGGCAGCUGGGAGCCCAAUGGAGAUUUGCCCUGUUCUAGCCAAGUGUGCUUUGGGACAAGGACUUGGUGCAGGCACCAGGCCUCCUUUGCCCAGCUGCUGGCCCUGUUUCUUUCUGGAGCUCUUGAGAGUCCAUGACUCCUGAGUCGCUUCCACAAGGGCAGGUCUCAGGAUCCCCCCAACGUGGGGACAUGGGGUUUGGGCCGUCCUGCCCCCCUGCUGAGAGCUAGCCCCCCCCCCGCCCUUCCCCAUGGGGAGAGUUAGUGUGUGGGAGAGCUCUCUGAGCAGCCCAGGAAGGGGGUGCCUCAGGAUAGAUGAGUGUGUUCACCUCGCACAUCUCUCCCUCACCCAGUUCUUGGCACAGGCGUGACGUGGGACGAGACCCGUAUAAGGUACCCUGCUCUUGUCUGGUGUUUCUCCUUGUUUUUAAUCGUCUCUCCUCCCCACCCCACUCUCAGUCUUCCACACACACAAAAUACCUCACAGAUAAGAGCUUCACCAAACCGCAGCUAAGGAGGCACUCGGCCGUGGCACUCACCUCACACGCCUCCGCUGGGGCUUGCCAAGUCUCUGCGUCCACGUGGGCCAGAUACCGGCUGCUCAGGGCACGGGCAUCUCAACUAAAGGCUGGCUGGCAGUGGGUCAGCUCGACUGUGGGGGGUUAUGCCGGAUGCAGUUCAUCGGGCUGGUGCCCUAGGGAGUGGGAGGGCCACGCAAGAGUUCAAGGCCACCUGUGCACUCAGGAAGCACAGUUGGCCCUGCGUGUCACACACUCCUGAGCCCAGACGUCCCUAUUCCCAGUAUUUCAGUGAAAAGGUGGUGUAAAAAAAAUUUAAAAAGCCGGCUGGCAUUUGCCCUCUCAGCCCUUGGGGAGGGCCUGCUGGAGCGCAGGGGCCAACUCAGUGCUGCGGCAGCCUGGGACUACCCGCCGGCGUCUGCCCUUCGCCACCUCACCUCACCCCCAGGGCAGCGGGGGCCACAGAGGGCGGGCGGUGGAGCCCAAGGCACGUGGGACUCGCAGGCUUGUCAGCGCGCCGGGAUCCCAGCUUGAAGCUGCAUUUUCAUUCGUUUGGUAGCAGCUGCUCUAAGACGCACAGAAUUGGCCCCAUGCGUUGUCUCCUGCUAUUCAGUCCGUUAGAUGGCCCGAUGUCACUUCAGCCCAGGCCGCGGGCUUUCAUUGAUUCCGUGGCACAGGCCAAGCCUCCAGAAGCCCGUGGAUGCAUGGGCCUGGGGGAGUGAACCCUGAGGCUGAACCCCUCUCUUCCCAGAGUUGCCAGCUCGGCUCUGGCAAGGCUGGGGGGCCGUCGUCACUUGGCUCUGCCAACCUAGGAACGUUUCUGGCCUUGCUGUCACACCUUGGCUUCACGUGCAAAUCCAGCAAAAGUGCAGAAAAUUGCCUGAGUGCAGCUGUCAGAAGUAGCGCUUUGUUUGCAAAUUGGGUAACUAAAUAGUUUUUUUAAAUAUCUGUGAUUAAUUUUUUAAAUGAUACCUUUUAAGUGGCCUUGGUGAAAGUGAUUCAGAGAUCAGCACACAUGGUGUUUUCUACUGUUUGAGGAAAAAACAAUAAGAGAAUUUCCAGAAGCCCGAGAAAUUAGAGUGGUGAGCUGUAGUAAUCUCACGCCUGUUCUGUUUCUCGGGCUGUGGGGCUAAAGCCACGAGGAGAAGUUCACCUGCGUGGUAUUUUAGGCAUUCUAGAAGCUGUUAGCCUAACAGAAUUGUAAUGGGGUUGUAUUUAUAGGCUCCUAGGAAGGAUACACAAGAACCCCGUAGACCAGGAUGAAUUUGUUUAUUUUAAAAGGUAAAGCGGAUAGCCCUUCCUGAGUUCCCUAGAUAGCUCUCGGACUUUAGAUAAACAAGGAGAAUUAAGGUCUGAUGGCAGACCCCAAGGCCAGCCUCCAGCCUUCUGUUCCCACCUCAGUUGGCCCACAGUUCCCACCCUCCCCACCCCCGGUUUGGCCUGCCCUUCUCUCUCUCUGAUGUUCUCCCCCCUGCCGCUGGGGAAAGAGUGACACGUUCACCUCCCACCGUGGAAGGGCAUUACAUCCUGUCUGGGUCAUUGCCCAGACACGGCAACAGAACUUCCCACUUCUCCGUGAUCGGUGCUCAAGUGAGAGCCUCUUUCGGCCAAGUCCAAAGGUGAGACCACCAACCCCGUGUGCAGGACUUGACCCCACACCAGCCUUGUUGCGGGAUGCUCUUGUUCCAACUCUGUCUGCCAGGAAACCCGAGUUCUUUGCAGUCUCCUACAUGCCAGGAGUCAGUUCUCGUUUCCGGUCAUUUGAAGUCAAUCUUAAAAGGAAUAGAAUACAAUAAGUAAAAUAUAUUAGCUAUCGUUCUGAGUCGGAACUGGAUAGAUGUGGGAAAUUUCCGUAUAGUGUGUGAAAAGUUCACCAUGCAGGGAAAUUUGUUUUCCUCUGUAUCUCUUCUUUUCCUAUACAAAUUAUUCAAAAUCAUACUGUUCCUGUAAAAUUCUUCCAAAUAUUGUUACUACAAAAUUACUCAGAAUUGUACUGUUACUAUAAAAUUACUCAAAAUAUCAUGCCAAUAAACUGCAUCAAUUUGUAGACGAUUAAAAUGCUUUCCA